AUGGCACGGACGCACAAGACCGCCUCUAUCAAGGCGCAGAUGGCGGAGAAGGCGCACCAUAAGGAAGAGGAGGAAGCACGCCGCCGAGAGGAGGCUCGGAUUGCAGACCUCGAAAGCGCGCGAAUGCGCUCGGAGAAAGCCGGCGCGCUAGUCCGUGCGUGUGACCAUCAGGGUGUUGAUGCUGCUGAAUCUCCUUCGUCAGGAACAAAGGACCGAGAGAAGCAGCCGGAUAAUGAAGAGAAGGAAGAGGGUACAAAAGACGACGCUGAAGACGAAGAAGACGCUAAAGCCGAAGAAGAUGCUGAAGAAGAAGAAGAUGCUGAGGAGAAGGUGCCAGCGACGGAAACCCAAGGAAAGAAACGUUCGAUUUUGGAGGUGGAUGAUGAAGAAUUGAUGCUGGCCCAGCUGACGAAGAAGGCAGAUGGAUCAUGGGGUGUCAUGAUGAGGCGGGAGAUCUACCAGCACAACCACCCGAUCUCGGAGGAUAUCUACAGGUAUUAUCCAGGUAUUCGCCAUGUAUCAGUCAACUCGCCUCUUCUACCUGGCGUCGAGGUACUACCUGAGGCGAAGGCCGGCACUACAAGCAUCUACGACUACAUUCGAAGCCACUCCAAUCACCGAGUGACCAUGGAUGACGUCCGCAACCUGAUCGCGCGCUUGAAGCCCAAACGCACGGCGCUAUCGGAAAAUGACGCAAUUACUGAAAUGGUUUUGGAUUUCGAUCUUCAGUCUCCAAAGAACGUGUCUACUGUCAAUGAAAACGUCGCAGAGAAACCGGCGUUAUUUCAUUUACAAGUGGGCACAUGCGUGCACUGA